AUGUUGAGUGACAGCGCCUGGCUCAAGGGACCUGCCUUCUUGUCACAUGCCAACAGAGACCCAGACACAGAUGCCUAUGAACUCAUUGACGCUGAUUGGGAUGCAGAGGUACGAGCAACUGCCACUCACCUGCUCAUCAAUUGGCCUCAGCUUGGAUGUCAGAGGUUCGAACGGUUUUCUUCAUGGGAGAGGCUGAUUAGGGCCAUGAGCGUGCUAGUCCACAUUGUCCAAUCCGUCAAAAACAAAGCUCAGGAUCAGACAUGCCGUUCAUGGCAUUACUGCAAACACCCACGCAGCGUUGAAGAGCUGGCAAAAGCAGUAAAAGUAAUCAUCAAAAGUGUGCAGAAAGAGGCCUUCAAGGAAAAACUUACCUGCAUAGCUGGUGGAAAAGACAUCCCCACUCACAGUCCUCUGCACAAACUCAGUCCCUACUGUGAUAAAGAAGGAAUGCUUAGAAUAGGAGGACGGCUCAGACAUGGCGAUCUGGAAUACAAAGAGAAACAUCCUCAUGUUCUUCCAGGGGGUCACGUUGCGAAACUGCUCGUAGAGCACCAUCACCAGCGAGUGAUGCACCAGGGUCGAGUUUUCACUGAAGGAGCAGUGCGAUCUGCUGGAUAUUGGAUCAUUGGAGCAAGAAGAUUGAUCAAGCAUGUCCUGCACAACUGCAUCACCUGCAGAAAACUCAGAGGCCGAGCAAACACUCAGCUGAUGGCAGACCUACCACCUGAUCGCUUGAGCAUGGAACCUCCCUUUACCUUUGUGGGCCUAGAUGUAUUUGGUCCUUGGCCAGUUGUCACGCGGCGCACCAGGGGAGGCCAUGCAAACAGCAAGCGGUGGGCCGUCCUUUUCACGUGUCUUAGUACACGCGCCAUCCACAUUGAGCUGAUUGAGUCAAUGGACUCCUCAAGUUUCAUUAAUGCCUUCCGGAGGUUCAUCAGCUUGCGUGGACCUGCCAAACAGAUCCGAUCAGACUGUGGUACCAAUUUUGUUGGUGCUUGCAGGGAGCUGGGGUUCCUGCAGACAGACCCGAACCUGUCCAACAUCAGAAGGUACCUCGGAGAAGAAGGUUGCGCAUGGGUCUUCAACCCACCUCAUUCCUCUCACAUGGGAGGCAGCUGGGAGAGAAUGAUUGGGAUAUCCAGACGCAUCCUAGAUGCAAUGUUUCUCCAGUCUAGCCAUGUUCAAUUGACACAUGAAGUGCUUUCCACUCUCAUGGCAGAGAUAACAGCCAUAAUCAACGCCAGACCAUUGUCCCCUAUCACGACAGACCCAGACUCACCUUUCCUGCUCACGCCAGCAAUGCUCCUUACCCAAAAGGUCUACUCUCCUCCUCCUUUCCCAGGUGGUUUUGACGGAAAAGAUCUGCACAGGCAGCAAUGGAGGCAGGUGCAGCAUCUCGCGGACAUAUUUUGGAACAGAUGGAGACGGGAGUAUCUUGGGACGCUUCAGAGCCGGAGGAAGUGGCAGGCCGACCGGCCAAACCUCCAAGUUGGGGAUUUGGUGUUGCUGAAAGACCAGCAAGUGAAUCGCAACGAAUGGCCAAUUGGGCUCAUCCACAACACCUUUCCAGACAAAGAUGGUAAGGUCAGAAAAGUCGAGAUCGAGAUCUUCAAGAAUGGAGCAGCUAAGACCUACCAGAGGCCUGUAUCUGAAACGGUGCUUCUCAUGUCCCGCGACACCUUAGAGUCCCAGGACUGUGUUUAGAGACUUUAAUUGUGCGUUCACGUAAGAUAGUUUGCAGUUGUACAAUACCAGGCGGGGAGUGUCACGGCAUUGGAACCUUUUUGGGUUUUGGCGCCACCUAGUGUUUUCUAGUGGGGGAAAUAUUCAUUAUUAAGCCUGCUUUUAUUUUGACACUUACCUUCAGUUGAUGUAACUUCCUGUGAUGUCAUAUUCAGCUAGAGGAGGAAGUUCAUUACUUCAGUUGAGUCAGACCAUGCCAAGGUGAAGAGGUGCUCAUCCUUAGGUUGUUCUUGCCCUUGGAAAGGCUUUGCUUUUUUACGAAUCCCAAGGAAGAAUUCUGUGUAUCUGAAGAUUGGAGUAAACUUUCAAAACUCA